AUGAUCAAAGUAUUUUCAACUCUUUGUGUCAUUGGUUUCAUCCUCUGCUUACUUUCCAUUGGUUAUUACGGAGAAGAAGGAUUCCAUGGGUGGGGACGUCAUCGUCGUCGUGGUAAAUGUCCUCGCCUUGCAACUGCAAUGACAAACUUUUCCUUAUCACAGUUUGAAGGAGAUUGGUAUGAAAUUGCAAGAUUGCCUAAUCGUUUUGAAAGAGGUAUUUGUCAGUCCGUCUCUUUCUCACAAAUCCAAAAAGAAAAUUCAACCAAAAUUAAGGUGGCCAUUGUUGCAAAGGAAUAUCGAAAUGGAGAACUUGUCUCUAGAAACGUAACAGCAAAAGUUAAAUCGUCCAACAAUGCCAAAUGGAUUGUCAAGAUUAAAGUCAAAAGAAGAUUCUUCCAUAGACUCGUCAAAUACACUAUCAAAGCUCCCUUGAAAAUUCUAGAUACUGACUACAGUAAUUAUGCUGUGUUAUUGUCUUGUAAAGGCCGUAAACGUCGUCAUGGUGGUUGUUACAGGAGACGUCAUCGUCGACAUCGAAGACGCUACGGUGGUUCAUCAAAUAGAAGAAAAAGAAGACAUCACUGGUUCUUUAAACGUAAAUAUGCUUGGAUUUUGGCACGUGAAAAGACAAUAUCAGAUGACCAAUUAAAGAACAUUCUCGACAAAUUAGAAGCCAAGGGAAUUAAGACAAGAAAAUUCAAGUUUGCAACACAACAAUACUGCACUGUUGUUCAUCAAACAGAUUGA